GACCUCACUCCAGACUACACCACGGAGUCCCACCAGAAAGACACGAGAACUUUGUGGCUGGUGUCCCGUAACCGUCGGCGACGGGCGAAGGCGCUCCUCGACUUCGAGAGACACGACGACGACGAGCUGGGGUUCCGCAAGAAUGACAUCAUCACGAUCGUCUCUCAGAAGGAUGAGCAUUGCUGGGUCGGGGAGCUGAACGGACUGAGAGGUUGGUUUCCGGCCAAAUUUGUGGAGAUUCUGGAUGAGCGCAGCAAAGAGUACUCGAUUGCUGGUGAUGACUCUGUCACAGAGGGGGUCACUGACCUGGUUCGGGGGUCCCUGUCUCCGAGCCUCAAAGCCAUCUUCGAGCACGGACUCAAGAAGCCCUCCAUCCUGGGGGGGCCCUGUCACCCCUGGCUUUUCAUCGAAGAGGCUGCAGGGAGGGAAGUUGAAAGAGAUUUUGACUCGGUUUACUCAAGACUGGUCCUCUGCAAGACUUACAGGUUGGAUGAAGAUGGGAAGGUCUUGACUCCUGAGGAGUUGCUGUACAGGGCUGUCCAGUCUAUCAAUAUGAGUCACGAUGCAGCACAAAGUCAGAUGGACGUCAAAUUCAGAUCUCUGAUCUGCGUGGGACUAAAUGAGCAGGUUCUUCACCUGUGGCUCGAGGUUCUGUGCUCCAGUGUGCCGAGCGUAGAGAAGUGGUACCAGCCCUGGUCCUUCCUGAGAAGCCCGGGCUGGGUCCAGAUCAAGUGUGAGCUCAGAGUGCUGUCCAAGUUCGCCUUCAGCCUUUCGCAAGACUAUGAGCUGCAGACAAAAAACGAGGAAAAGGUGAGGCAGCCUCUGAAAGACGGUGUUCAGGACAUGCUGGUGAAACACCACCUGUUCAGCUGGGACAUCGACGGAUAAACCGGACGAACAACACCGAAACAAAUAAACCACAAACAAAAUGACUUCCUGUGUCACGGGUCAACUUCACUCCCAUUCAGACCUUCAGAAAGAGGGAGAACAACAAACAGAAUCAAGCAGACAAGCAUUCGGGCUCUCGUGCCUUUUAUCAGCGUUCUGAAGAAGUCACUAGAGCCCCAAACUAGAGCUGGUCUGCUGGACUCAGUUUAGUUUCAAUCACGCUGAUGAAGGCACUAGAGCCCCAAACUAGAGCUGGUCUGCUGGACUCAGUUUAGUUUCAGUCACGCUGAUGAAGGCACUAGAGCCCCAAACUAGAGCUGGUCUGCUGGACUCAGUUUAGUUUCAGUCACGCUGAUGAAGGCACUAGAGCCCCACACUAGAGCUGGUCUGCUGGACUCAGUUUAGUUUCAGUCACGCUGAUGAAGGCACUAGAGCCCCAAACUAGAGCUGGUCUGCUGGACUCAGUUUAGUUUCAAUCACGCUGAUGAAGGCACUAGAGCCCCAAACUAGAGCUGGUCUGCUGGACUCAGUUUAGUUUCAAUCACGCUGAUGAAGGCACUAGAGCCCCUCUCUGAUAAUAUGAUUGUAAGAUACACAAAACCUAAGAAAUUAUUUCAAUUUUUUUCAGAUAUAUUUGACCACUAAAUUGAUUGUUAAAAUAAGUAAUAUAUAUAUAUAUAUAUA